AUGACACUUGCUUUGUCAACUUGGAGAGGAACCCAUCGACCAACCGCUUUCCAAAGUUCUGAUAAAGGCAAGCAAACAAGCAGUAAUCACCACAUCAAUCACCACAUCAAUAACAAUCCCAUCAUUGUACCGAAAAUAGUUUGUCUCUUUGAGACAAUUGGACAUAUAGAUUUUGAUUCGUCCAAAACAUUUUCUAAUUUGUCUCAAUCUCAAAUAUUUGUCCAAUGGCACCACGCCAUGAAGAACGUUUACUUGUUCUACCUGGCCAGUGGGUGUGAAAAACCGGCGGAUUGGGUCGCUGUUUCCCACAAAUUAAUGCGGAGACAUUUUGUUGGCAUGCAAGGUUUAUUUUAUUUACCCAAAAUUUGA